AUGGCGGCCAUGCUCCUGACAGCCAGACCCAAGGUGCCAGUAUCUUUUGAGGAUCUUGCCGUGUACUUCACCAAGGCAGAAUGGAAGCUUCUGGAUCAUAGACAAAAGAAGCUGUACAAGCAAGUGAUGCUAGAGAAUUACAGCAAUUUGGUGUCACUGGGAUUGUCGUCCUCCAAGCCUCAGCUGGUCAUCCAGCUAGAGCAAGGAGAGAAACCAUGGGUAGCAGAUGUCAACAGGAUCACCACAGGGAUGCAGGCAGGUGACAGGAUGAAUAGCAAGCUGACAAUUUCAAAGGAGAAUAAUUGUCCAAAAGAACUCCCAGGGGCCAAUCUUCAGGUUGGCAACAUGGGCCAGGUAGCCGGGCAGUCAGAGGAAACACUUGAGCACAGACAGAAACGUGCCUGUUGUCCACAGACAGGUUCCAGCAGGGGUGACCCUCCUGGGGAGAAAGACCAAGGCAGCUCCCCAGGUGAGGGAAGAGAGAUGCAGGGAAGCAGCUGCGGAGGUAGGCAGGAUUUGGUUGUAAGGCAGCCGAGUGUCAAAGACAUGGAGAGGCAGUUCGUGUGUCAGCAGUGUGGGAAAUCCUUUACCCGGAAAUCCAACCUCGCCAAACACCGAGUCAUCCAUAGUGCCCAGAAGCCCUUUAAGUGUGGUGAGUGUGGGAAACUCUUUCGACGCAACUUCUCACUCCUGGAGCACCAGCGCAUCCACAGUGGUGAGAAGCCCUAUGUAUGUGGCGAGUGUGGAAAGGCUUUCACACGUGGCUCCAACCUCAUCAAGCACCAGAUUAUCCACACUGGCGAGAAGCCCUAUGGGUGUGAUGAGUGUGGGAAACGCUUUGGGCGCAACUUCACACUCAUGGAACACCAGCGCAUCCACAGUGGCGAGCGGCCCUACUCCUGUGAUGUGUGCGGCAAGGCCUUCAGCAGGAGCAGCAACCUCACUGAGCACCAACGCACGCACAGCAGUGAGAAGCCCUUCAUAUGCAGCCAGUGCACAAAAGCCUUCAAGGGCAUGUCCCAGCUCAUUCACCACCAGCGUGUCCACAAGGGAGAGAAGCCAUUCAUGUGCAAGGAGUGUGGAAAGGCCUUCCGGGGGCGCUCAGGCCUCAGCCAGCACCACGCGGUGCACACUGGUGAGAAGCCCUAUGAGUGCAGUGAGUGUGGGAAGACCUUCAGCCGGCGAUCCAACCUCUUCAAGCACCAGAUAGUGCACACUGAGAAGAGACCCUACGGGUGUCAAGAGUGCGGGAAGGCGUUCCGCCACUGCUCUGCCUACCUGAAGCACUGGCGCACCCACAGCCGCCCACAGCCCUGUGCCUGCGGCCACUGUGAUGACUGCAACCAGGCCUCCGAGGAGAAACCACAGCCUGACCAGCAGCCGAGAAUUCACCAGAACCUCUUGGAGGGGAACAGCUCAGAGAUGGAACCGGCCUUCCUGGGCCUCCAAAGAGCCACUGCGGAGUCCCACCCGGAGAAUGAGAAUCAGCUUCAAGACUCCAGCUGUGCCACUGCCCCCAGCACCGCCAUCUGA